UGCAUAAUAACAUUGAUGAUUUCAUAAACCCUCUGCCAUCGGCGCCGACACAACCGAGGCGAGUAGGCUGUGGGACGCAUAUGGAGGGCGGUGACGAGGGUCUGGUGAAGCUUCUCGACUCGAAGGACCUCCAACAGCAGAGUAAAGCACUUGACAAGCUCACCGAUCGCGUUGAGGACCGACAGCUCGAUUCCACUCGAGUACAAGAGGCCAUGGCAGCUCUUGCAUCCUCUAAAGAAGCUGACUGGAAUACGAUGAGAAUGAGGUUUGCUUACUUUGUUUCCAUGUUGCUUUACAACUUGGGCUUGUUUGUUUCUAGUGUAUGUAGUUUGAUUGCCUUCUUACUGUCAUAUGAUUUGUACAAAAUCAAUUUAUAUUUUGUGAAUAAUAACCAUAUGCAGAAGAUUAGCUAGCAUCAAUAAACAUUC